UACACUUUUUAGAAAUAAAGAAGUCUUUGAUUCGUAAACUAAAACCCUAGCCGCCUCGAGGCCGAGGAAGCAGCAACAGCAGCAGAAGCUCUCAUGGGUAUCGAUCUCGUCGCCGGCGGCCGGAGCAAGAAGACCAAGCGCACGGCGCCCAAAUCCGACGAUGUCUACCUCAAGCUCCUCGUCAAGCUUUACAAGUUCUUGGUUCGGAGGACCGGCAGCAGCUUCAACUCGGUGAUUCUGAAGAGGCUCUUCAUGAGCAGGACGAACAAGCCUCCGAUCUCUCUCAAGAGGCUCGUCGCCUUCAUGAAGGGAAAGGAGAACAAUAUUGCGGUGAUUGUGGGAACUGUGACUGAUGACAAGAGGGUUUAUGAGGUUCCGGCGAUGAAAGUGACGGCUUUGAGAAACCCUAGCCGCCUCGAGGCCGAGGAAGCAGCAACAGCAGCAGAAGCUCUCAUGGGUAUCGAUCUCGUCGCCGGCGGCCGGAGCAAGAAGACCAAGCGCACGGCGCCCAAAUCCGACGAUGUCUACCUCAAGCUCCUCGUCAAGCUUUACAAGUUCUUGGUUCGGAGGACCGGCAGCAGCUUCAACUCGGUGAUUCUGAAGAGGCUCUUCAUGAGCAGGACGAACAAGCCUCCGAUCUCUCUCAAGAGGCUCGUCGCCUUCAUGAAGGGAAAGGAGAACAAUAUUGCGGUGAUUGUGGGAACUGUGACUGAUGACAAGAGGGUUUAUGAGGUUCCGGCGAUGAAAGUGACGGCUUUGAGGUUUACGGAGACUGCGAGGGCGAGGAUCCUGAAGGCUGGGGGAGAGUGCCUGACGUUUGAUCAGCUUGCUCUGCGUGCUCCCCUUGGGCAGAACACGGUUCUGCUUAGGGGCACAAAGAACUCGAGGGAAGCAGUGAAGCACUUUGGUCCUGCUCCUGGCGUUCCUCACAGUCACACCAAGCCGUAUGUCCGAUCGAAGGGGAGGAAAUUUGAAAAGGCUAGGGGAAGGAGAAACAGCAGAGGUUUCAGGGUUUAAGCAAAAAAAGUUUUCAUUCUGUUUAGUGAAAAAAUUUCGAAGCAGAACAUAAAACAAUUUUCUUCUGCUGUCCAUUUUGGGAACAUCUCUUGUGCCACUUUCAAAUUCUAUUAUGUUGUCUUAAGUUGGUUUGUGCCACUAUCAAGUUCUAAUAUGUCUUAUGUGCAAUAUCGAUAUUUGAGAUUU